AACUUCGGCUGCCGGAAUGAAAAUCCGGGAAAAGGCUGUGUGGCUCUCUCCAUGUGCUGUUGCGCAGAAAACUCAAGAGUAGACCACUUGAACUCAAGUAGCGAUGGGGAUUUUUUUAAUGAGAUUCCUCAUUUUGGUGUUUAAAUAACCAUUGAAUUGUGCAUGCGGCGAUAUUUGUGAGGCUUAUGCAGUGAAAAAAGAAACGUAAAUAGAGUUUAAAUUGAGAAAAAUCUCUGCAGAAGUCUUUAAAACUAUAAAAUGCGUGAAUUACCGCGACAAAAGGGAAAAGCCAGUGAAUUGGUGGCUGAUGGGAAUCGUCAAAAGCCCCCGUUGAGGCUUGUGGCAACUGGACGGAGUUUUUCCGGUAGUCCCCAGAGGCAACCUCAUCCUGAGGGGAGAAGGGUCGGAAAUGGUGAGAGAGAGGAGAGAGCCGGAAGCAGUGUGUCAACAGAGGGAAAUGCCACGGAUUCGGAAGAGGAGGAGAGAAAUUGUUCCACCGAAGUGACGGACUCAACAUCAUCGGACUCCUCAUCUGAUUCAGAGGAGCAACGACAACCGCUAGAACCCAUUUCCGAGGAAGCUGCCUCAGCAAGAAAACGUACAGAUGAUGAGGAGAAUGGUGGAGAUGACUCCACGUGCUGCGAUGAAGACUUUACGUGGGUACGUUCGGAAAAUAUUUCUGAAGAACCUCAAUCACUACCGGUGACCUCAACGACGAUACCACCCUCAAAUGUACCCAGUGGGAAGCCACCUAGGCCAGCUGGGAGUCUCGAUCGCCGGCGACAGUUGACGACAAAUCGCCAGGAGAGGGAUAGUAAGAGUCGUAGUGCCCAUUCGCUGAUAAAAGAUAAAUCAUUGGGGAAUGAGCAGAAGGAGAAACAUGCGGAAAAGCAUUUGCCGAGAACUUCUUCAUUUGAGGGAGCAACCGAAGGUGCCUAUCCAGCACAUCGAAGGGAAUCACCGGGGUUUUGGGAACCUCCACCGCCAUCUUAUCCAUACCAUUGGGAAACACCUCCGCAUCCCUUUUGGCCAUCGUGCCAUGCAAGUCGGGAGGAAUUGCGUUUUAUGGAGAUGCACAGACGCCAUCAGGAUCAGCUUUAUCGCUAUGGUAGCAGUGGGGCACUCAAUUCAUCGCAUCCCGACAUGUAUGGAUGCUGCCAGCAACGCUAUCAUCCACCCCCACCACCACCAUGCUGCUCCUGCGAGAGAUUAAGUCACUGGAAUCUCAAUCAGCGUCAGGACAUCGAUGAACGCCUUCGGAGGCUACAGAGUGAUAAGGAAUCCCUGGCGCUACAGGUGCAAGUGCUAUCGGAGCAAGUAGCUGCGCAAAAUGAGAAGAUUAGCGACCUAGAGAGGAUGCUCACGGAGAAAACACAACUUCUCAGCAAUGCCGAUGAUCUCCUGCACCGAGAAAUGCUUUCGCGAUCAUCACUGGAGACACAAAAGCUGGAACUCAUGUCUGCCAUGAGUGAGCUGAAGCUGCAACAGGCAGCUCUUGAACGAGAAAACCUAGAGUUACGAACGAGUCAGAUUAAUAACAAUUCCAUCAUGACGAGGAGACCCCCAAUGGCACCCAGUCGCGCUAUGACCGGCUUCUCGGCCACACCACCGCCGCAUGGUGCCUCUGGUGGGGGCUCCCUGACAUCAACUCCACUGGGUGGAAGCCACGGGAAUCUCCAGCAGCAUUCAACAUCUACACCCGCCACCCCUAAGACACCACCAGCUUCAUUUAGGCGCCAGGUGGACGUUGUGCACUACAAUAGUUUACCGAGACAGAGUUUCCCCACGACAAUUGCUGCGGGUCAGGAGAAUCAUCAAGGUGGCAGCGGGACAACGGACACGAAUGCCAAUCCGAAGCGCAACGUUGCAUUUGGUAAAGAUUAUAAAAUAGCCAAUCCAACAACAGCAUCAACACCGGCAAUUGGCAAUAUCUAUCACCAUCAGCUGGUACUCUUUCAGCCUUCAUCCCAGUUGAAGGGGUUUCAGAGCAAAAGAGGGUUUUCGGUGCCAAAUUUAGCUGAAACAGAGAAAGUGAUUGAGGAUAAUCACGAACUCUCACGAAGCUUUACACCUCAACCAUCCCCAUCGCCCAGUGCUAAGGCCAAAAGUAGCUUCCGGAGUAUUUUUGGGAAGAUACGUCGUAGUAAUUCGGGCACGUUGGAGGAUCUGCCAGCACACGAUGGUGGUGGUGAUUUCAAGCGUGGUGGCUUUCGGAGUACAGCUGGUGCACGUUUGGGAUGGAGUGGUGUACCCCAGGGGCGUCCUGAGCGUCCCAUUGAGGAAUGGGAUGUGGAUAGUGUGUGUACGUGGUUGGAGACAUUGGGUUUGGGUGCGCACGAGGAGGAUGCACGUCGGUGGCUAAAGCACGGUGGGGUGGAACUCAUCAAGGCAUCCCCCGUGGAUGUGGAAAAGGAAUUAGGAUUGAAGAAUCCGCUGCAUCGCAAAAAGAUUGUCCUGGCACUGGCUGAGAUGGCGGGAAAGGAGAAUGAUGAAUUAUUCCAGAAUGCCGGAAAGCUGGAUUGUGCAUGGAUUUUGCGUUGGCUCGACGAUGUGGGUUUACCGCAGCACAAAGAUACCUUCUCGGCGGCACGUCUCGAUGGGAGGAUGUUGCACAAGUUGACAAUGGAAGAUCUCGCUACGCUCCAUGUCACAUCCAGCCUCCAUGCGGCGAGCUUGAGACGAGGGAUUCAGGUGCUUCGGGACAAUAAUUUCUCCCCAGAUUGCCUCAUUAGGCGUUCAGGUGGGGAUGAGGGGGCAAAAGAAGGAAAUCAGGUGAUGCUCUGGACAGCACAUCGGGUGAUGGAGUGGCUCCGUGUUGUGGAUUUGGCAGAAUAUGCGCCCAAUUUACGGGGGGCUGGCGUACAUGGGGCCCUCAUGAUGCUCGAACCGCGCUUCAAUGCAGAACUUCUGGCUGAUUUGCUAAGCAUUCCGCCCAGCAAGACACUCCUCCGGCGGCAUUUGGCCACGCACUUCAAGGAGCUCCUCGGGCGCGACGUGAUUCAGAGCAAACGUGAUGCCGAGAACGUACUUGGUUUCACACCACUUACGCUCACGGCAAAGAUUAAGACACCGAAAAAGUCGCAGUUCUCGCUAAAACGCAAAAAGAGCACAAAAGGGGGUGACGAAUGGAGCGACUAUGUGUGUCCAAUGGGUUCCUCAGGUGACACGACAGUUCUCAAGUCUUCUAACCAAACUGCCAUUUCUAUGAGGAAUCGAACACCUCAGGAAGCCGCAGUCGUGUCCGAGGUUGCCUCUCAGCAGCAAAUUAACAAUGACUCCCCAACAUCCUCGCGCUCUUCGGCGUCCUAGCAGAGAGCCGCGGCGUCGCUGCCCAUGUCACCGGCCCGUCCGCCAUCAAGUGGGCCAUCGGUGGUGGUGCAGCGGAGUGCCUCCUUCAACGCCACGUGCACAGUGCCGAUGAAGGUGACGGCACCACCAAAAGUCAAAAGUUCCGCCUCCUUCAGCAAUUGCAGCCUCAUUGCGCGCGUCACAAAAGGCGGCCAACUCAAUACCAACAUCGUUACAUCCUCCAUCCUACGGCUCACCGGUGACACAAAAGCAUCACCGCGAACGCAGCCGCCAGCUGUGCCGCCGCAUACACCACCCCCGCAGCAUUCAACGGACUACAAGAAUAGCUUCAGAUACGGUAAAUGCGUGGAUUAUUACGUAUAAUAAAUGUCCUUCCUCCAAAUGAUAUGAGUGCUACACCCCCGAUCUACAUCUCUGCAUUGCACUUUGAUAUAGCAGACAGGAUAAGUAAAUCAACAUAAUAUAUUUUAAAAUGUAAUAAAAAACACCAAAAUAAAAUUGACGGCGAUACAGGAAUUUUUCAAUCAUUUUAAAGAAAGAAAAAAGUUAAAACUUUUACCGUAUUGUUGAAGAAGAAAAUGAAGCAUUUACCUACAUAAAUGUAAAUUCCUUUUUCUUGUGUACAUUUUUUUGUACACAAUGAAAGAGGAGAAAUGAGUGAAUUUUCCGCGUGUGUAAAAGAAAAAUAUUAUUAAACGGUUUCGAGAAUUUGAAGAAAAAAAGAAACUGAAAGAUUUUAAAAAUAAAUAUCCAUUUUGGACCAUUCUAUAGUGCCAAGAAGAGAAAACUUGUUGAUGAAACUUUCUAAACAAUGUUGACCACUUUUUUACUAAAUAAUAUUGAAAUUCUUGAAAAAAUCUUUUUUUUUAAACGACUAAGAAAUCAUUUUUGUUGUUUAAGACAAUUUAAAUGUAUUUCUAUUGAGUGAAAAGGAAAAUCCUUAAAUAAACAAAAAAGAAUUACAUCAAAUAAUAUUUAUUAUCACUGAAUCAUUGCAUUACCUAUAUUGUAAAUAAUUCAUAGGGAGUUUUUUUUGAACUUAGGAUAUUAUGUAGAAAGGAUACAUUCACCACUUACUUAAUAUUAUUUUCAAACGGAUUCCUUAAAAUAUUUUUUUCUUUUACCAAAGACAAUAAAUUCAAAAUAUGA